UAUAUAUUGUGUCAUUUAAAAGAAAAUCAAGAAGGAAUACAUGCAGUUCUUGACCCUCUCGGAGAGCGAUAUCAACGGCUUAUAUAAACCUUGUUCGUUUUUCCAUUUGAAUCAGUUUAACGUUGCAACGAAUGGGAGCUUGAUCUCUUCUUACGUGGGUACCGAGUGUAAUAUACGAAUUUGAAAUAAUUUCAACGAUUAAUUUAUUUCAUUUAGAUUUAUCGAUCUAUUUUAUUUCUAAUUUUAAAUGAUAAUUAUUAAAAUAUUUUUAUACAAGAGAUUGGUCCAAUGUUAACUUUCGCAAAUCUUCACUUUUGCCGUACAUUUGUAAAUUCCCUUGCAUAAACGUACUAUUCAAAACAUCUCUCAACCUUAUACCUUCCUGUAGAUAAAUAGGCAACAAAGAUGUUACAACUUAAUAUAGCAAUCAUCGGUCAGAGUCCUUUCGCAGCUGAAGUUUAUAAAUUGUUACGACAAAAUGGUCAUAAAAUUACUGGAGUUUUUACUAUACCUGACAAAGGAAAUCGAGAAGAUCCAUUAGCCAUCGCAGCAAAUAUUGAUAAGACGCCUGUCUUUAAAAUUAAAUCCUGGAGAAAUAAGGGUGUACCCAUACCUGAAGUACUUGAUACAUAUAAAAGUAUCAAAGUUGAUUUAAACGUACUACCCUUCUGCAGUCAAUUCAUACCAAUGGAAGUUAUCAAUCGUCCUCAUUAUCGUAGCAUAUGUUAUCAUCCGUCAUUAUUACCUAGACAUAGAGGAGCUAGUGCUAUCAAUUGGACUUUAAUAGAAGGCGACGAUAUGGCAGGAUUUUCAGUAUUUUGGGCUGACGAUGGUCUCGACACUGGACCAAUAUUACUUCAAAAAUCAUAUAAAAUAGAAAUAAACGAUACCUUGGAUACUUUGUAUAAUAAUUAUCUGUAUCCCGAAGGUAUCAAAGCUAUGGUUGAAGCUGUUAAUUUAGUAGCGAAAGGUACUGCCCCUGUUAUACCGCAAUCAGAAAUAGGUGCAACCUAUGAUCCUCUAUUAAAUAAAAAAGAACUUCAAAAGAUUGAUUGGUCAAAAUCCGCAAAGAAAAUUCACGAUUUUAUUCGUGGUCUUGAUAGUACACCAGGUGCUUUGACUUUAAUUAACAACGAGGAAGUACGUUUGUAUGGUUCUACUUUAUGGAAUGGAACUUUACCCAAAGUUCAAAGUGAAAUCAACGUUGACGAUCGAAUAGGAAAAAUUCACGAUGGUGGUUUGUUGAUCGAAACAGUCGACGGUAAUUUUGUUAAUGUUGAAAGAAUCAAGAUUGGUACUAGAACCAUUCAUGCUAGUAAAUAUGGUCAAAGUGAAGAGAACAAUAUGUUGGAAUUGACGGAAGAAGAAUUGAAGAGUAAAGAUGUUUUACGACGAAUUUGGAAAGGCAUACUUAGCAUGGAUAUAGAAGAUGAUACGGAUUUUUUUGUUGCCGGUGGCAAAAGUAUGGACGUCGUUAGAUUAGUCGAAGAAGUCAAGGACAAUUUAGGAGUGAAUUUGCAAAAUAUUCACGUCUUCAUGGCACCCGUUUUUAUGCAAUUCGUAGGAACUGUUAUCUUGACGGCACGUGGUAAUACAGCAACUAAAGAUAUUAAAUACGAUGCCGUAGAAUUACGAGUUAACAACAUGGAUUUGAAGUUUCCAAAACAACUUUUUAUAAAUGGAGAAUUUGUUAAUGGACAUGGUAAACCGAUCGAUACGAUUAAUCCACACGACGAGAGCGUUAUUUGUAGUGUACAGAGUGCAUCGGUGGAAGACGUUGAUCGUGCUGUAAAAGCUGCGAAAAAAGCAUACGAGGAAGGUGAAUGGGGUAAAAUUAGUGCUAGGGAACGUGGAGAAUUAUUGUAUAAAUUGGCAGAUCUGAUGGAAAAACAUAAAGAAGAAUUGGCAACCAUAGAAACGUUAGAUUCUGGUGCAGUUUACACAUUAGCUUUAAAAACACACGUUGGCAUGUCCAUAGAAACUUGGAAAUAUUUUGCUGGUUGGUGCGAUAAGAUACAGGGUUCAACUAUACCAAUAUCUCAUGCCAGACCUAAUAGAAAUUUGACAUUUACGCGAAAGGAACCGAUAGGGGUUUGUGGUUUAGUAACGCCAUGGAAUUAUCCUUUGAUGAUGCUCUCGUGGAAAAUGGCAGCUUGCUUAGCAGCCGGUAAUACGGUUGUGAUGAAACCAGCUCAAGCUUCACCAUUAACUGCGUUAAAAUUCGCUGAACUUAGUGUAAAAGCUGGUAUUCCUCCUGGUGUUAUAAACAUUGUUCCGGGUAAUGGUUCUAUAACUGGUAACGCUAUAGUUAAUCAUCCGCUUAUCAGAAAACUUGGUUUCACUGGUUCCACGGAAAUUGGUAAAACAAUUAUGACAUCUUGCGCCGAAAGUAAUUUGAAAAAAGUCUCGUUAGAACUUGGUGGUAAAAGUCCUUUAGUCAUAUUCGAGGAUGCUGAUCUUCAAGAAGCUGUGAAAAUAGGAAUGGGCAGUGUAUUCUUUAACAAGGGUGAAAAUUGUAUUGCUGCUGGCCGCAUUUUUAUUGAAGAAACUAUUCACGAUGAAUUCGUUAGAAGAAUAAUCGAAGAAACGAAAAAGAUAUCGAUAGGUAAUCCCUUCGAUCGAAGUACGGCUCAUGGGCCACAAAAUCAUAAAAAUCAUCUCAUCAAGCUUCUAGAAUACGUUAAAUAUGGUAUCGACGAAGGUGCUACGUUGGUUUAUGGUGGUAAACGUAUAGAUCGUCCGGGAUGGUAUUUCGAACCAACGAUUUUUACCAAUGUUGAAGAUCAUAUGUAUAUAGCUAAGGAAGAAUCCUUUGGUCCUGUUAUGGUGAUUUCUAAAUUUAGUGGUAAAAACAUGGACGAUAUAAUAAGAAGGGCUAAUAAUACAGAAUAUGGUUUGGCAUCUGGAGUAUUAACUAAAGAUAUUGCUAAAGCAUUGAGAUUUGUUGAAAAAAUCGAAGCUGGUACGGUAUUCGUAAAUACUUACAAUAAAACAGACGUAGCAGCACCUUUCGGUGGUUUCAAAAUGUCAGGAUUUGGAAAAGAUCUUGGACAAGAAGCACUCAACGAAUAUCUCAAAACAAAAACCGUAACGAUCGAGUAUUAGACUUUAAUAAAUAAUGUUGUGCGUCUUGAA